AUGGAAAGAGAAGAGAGCAGUGAAAAUAGUCUCCACACCAUAGCCAUCAUACUCAUGUGCUGUGGUGCUGUCAAAUUGCUGCACCUGAUGGGAGUCAUCACUGUGGAUGAUAAAGCAGAUGAUGACCUAGAGAUGACCACGGUGUGUCAUCGGCCCGAGGGACUGGAUCAACUUCUGGCUCAGACAAACUUCAGUAAAAGAGAGCUGCAAGUGCUGUACCGAGGCUUCAAGAACGAGUGUCCCAGUGGUGUAGUCAAUGAAGACACAUUCAAGCAGAUCUACUCACAGUUCUUCCCACAUGGAGAUGCAAACCAAUAUGCACACUACCUGUUCAAUGCCUUUGACUCUGCAAGUUCCGGAUCAAUAAAGUUUGAGGACUUUGUGUCAGCCCUCUCCAUCCUGCUCCGGGGAACAAUCACCGAGAAGCUGCAGUGGACAUUUAACCUUUAUGACAUCAACAGAGACGGUUAUAUCAACAAAGAGGAGAUGACGGACAUAGUGAGGGCGAUAUACGACAUGAUGGGGAAAUACACUUACCCUGCACUCAAAACAGACACCCCCAAGCAGCACGUGGACGCCUUUUUCCAGAAAAUGGACAAAAACAGAGAUGGUGUCGUCACACUGGAUGAAUUCAUCUUUUCAUGUCAAGAGGAUGAAAACAUCAUGCGCUCUCUGCAGCUUUUUGAAAAUGUCAUCUAG